AUGAAAGCAGUGAUUCAGCUGAAGCAGAAGGUGAACGAAACUCUUGCUGCGCUGCAAGCCCUAGUUGACCGGAAUAGAUUGAGCAUUGGGUGCAAGCUCAAUGGUGCACUUCGAGGAAAAGUGAUUAAUCUCUACAUGAACGCCAGAGAAGCAUGCGAAGCGGAAGCCAAUUUUGUGAGGAAAUUGUUGGAGGACAUUGAAAAGUUACGUCGUAUGAGGUAUGCAACACAGCGUUCUGGUUUACUGGCCCGUGGCGAGCUGAUGCAGUUAUUGAUGCAAAGAGCACGGCAUAUUCCUUUGUGGAUUGGGCCACCGGACAUGCAUCCACCUCCAUUAGUAGGUGCUAUCCCGGCGCCUGCGUCUAUGGCUUUAAAGGUAAUGUGCCUUGAUGUUUCGAUCAAUUAUCUUGUUUUUCCGCGGCAUUGA